ACUUCCUUGCUGUUGCUAAGACACUCUUGUUUUGCUCCUUGACAACCCUGGCGGGGGUGCGCUCGCUGAGGCCCUGGCUCUGGCCCCCGCGGGAGCAGCAACCCUUGGGGAAAGACAUUUUCUGCUCCCGCCAAGCUGGCAGGGCCUGCUUCCUGAAUCUCCUGGGCGUGUCUUAAUUACCAGUCCCAGCGCCUCCUGAAAGGCCCACUCUCUCCCCCUGGUCACAGUGGAAGGAUCAUGGGAGAGACGGAAGGGAAGAAAGAUGAGGCUGAUUAUAAACGACUACAGACCUUCCCUCUGGUCAGGCACUCGGACAUGCCGGAGGAGAUGCGAGUGGAGACCAUGGAGCUGUGUGUCACGGCCUGUGAGAAAUUCUCCAACAACAACGAGAGCGCCGCCAAGAUGAUCAAGGAGACCAUGGACAAGAAGUUCGGCUCCUCCUGGCACGUGGUGAUCGGCGAAGGCUUCGGCUUUGAGAUCACGCACGAGGUGAAGAACCUCCUCUACCUGUACUUCGGGGGGACCCUGGCCGUGUGCGUCUGGAAGUGCUCCUGACACCGUCCCCCCCCUCCUGCCCCUCCUCGGGGAUGGGGAGCAGCCCCGGGCAGGUCCUGGCUUCCCAGAGGAAGGCCGGGGCCCCUUCUCUCGUCCGUCCCGCGUCCCCAUCCCUGAGCCCCGCCCCGUGUGCGAAUUUGGCCACAUCUCUGUCCCCAGGCUCGCAGCCAUCUCCCGCCGAGUCCCGGGGUGUGAGGGGCAGCAGGGGAGGGGCGGGACGUGGAACUGUCCUCUCGGGGAUGUGCCAGCCCCACCUCGCUUGGCGGCGCCUCGCCCCUGCAUCCCGGAGCCCCCGCCUUCCCCCCAGCACUGCUGCCGGGGGCCUCGAGAGGAAGCCUCUCCUCUCGGGCAUCUCUCUGGUCCUCCGGAGAAGCGGUGACCCCCAGAAGCCCCUUGCCCACCCUGACCCAGGCUGAACAAACCACUGCAUCUCGUCGGGCCGACAGCCCCUGGCUCUGGCUCUGGCUCGAGGACCCAGCCGCCUGUGCCCCUCCGUCCCCCAUCCCUCCCCAGCCGCCAGGCCGCGUGAACCUUUCACUUUGCCUCCACCCGUGCAGUCGGUAACCAGGGGCUGAGGGUGUGGGAGCUGCGACCGAGCAGUUUCUCCAAGGGUCGCUGACCCCCGGUGAGACGCCUGGGCCAGGAGCGCACUCGCCGCGAGGCCGUUUCGCAGGGAAACCUGGCCUGCCGCUUACGUAGCAUCAGGGACCGCAUGCUGAUUUGUACUUCUUAUCUCUGCUGGGUUUUCUAUUCUCUUUCUGAGUGUGGGGAGAAGGGUUUUAGUAGAAGGGCGAAUCCUAUUUUACACAGCGGUCUUAUUUAUAUAAAUGUCUUGGUUUUUACAAUUAAAAUAACCAAAAACUGA